CUUGAUAAACUCGCACACGUUACAGUCAUUUUAUGAGCGCUUUAAAGGUCUCCUAAUUUUAAAUAUGCCAGUGAUGUUGAAAAACAUUUUAAUACUGUGCACAAAACGUUUUGUUCAAACGAAACUAAAUGUAACAGGUAACGGUAAUGGUGUAUGUAACAGUGAACAUAUAGUGAUUGGAAUUCUCUUAUUUUUGGUUCUUAUUCUUGGAGUUCUGGUGUCUAUAAUUGGAUAUAUUCUUAUGCAGGAAAACAACAACACCUUGCCACUUCUGUCAGAUAUGACUAUGAAUACAUUAUCUGUCUAUUGUGAAGAUCUUUCAUUAAGUCCAGAUGACGAUUUCGACACUUUUGAAGCGAAGAAAGGUGGAAUGAAAGUUUCCCUUGACAACAGACAAAAUUAUAUUUGUAGUGAAAGAAAUUUAACUUUUUUUGUACAAAAGAUUGUUGAAAGGCAGCUGAGACUUCGGCAGUCAAAAGGUUUGGACAGUGAAAGGUACCUCUCGUGUGGAAACCAAAGUUUACAGCGGGCAUCCGGUGACCUUACUGUGUACUUUUCUGGAAUAUCCCAUCAUCAAACAUAUAAAGAAUCUGGUUUAGACGUGAAAAUACACUGGGACAAACACGAGAAACAUUCAUUCACCGAUAAACAAAGGCUGAUAUCUCAUAACUCCCCGUGGUCGAGGGGUUACACACUCGCUUCUUUAGAAGCGAGAGGUCCGGAUUUCAAAUCCCAGUUCAGGCUACACAUGUUUUUUUUCUUCAGUGUUGCAAUUAGGUUUUUGGUGUUAGAAUUAGACGUGAAAAUACACUGGGACAAACACGAGAAACAUUCAUUCACCGAUAAACAAAG